CUCGUUUUGGCCAGCGUCAAAGUCAUUGUGCACACGAUCACUGAGGAGUGAUUCCUCCAUGUGAGAUUAUAUUUUUUCCCAUAAUAAAUAUUCAGCGUGUAAACACACGUGAUAAAAUUGCACUCUUAAAUUCGCAACAGUCAUUGAAAUAAAUAAAUUAGUGAAUUCAUGCGAAAGAUGUCGAAUAAAUCGGAAGUCUGAUUGUAAAGAAAGUUAUGAUUUCUAUAAAAUAAAUAAAUAUAGGUAUAAACGAAUAUAAUAAAAAAUGUGGAAUAAAUAGUGAGUUAUGGAUGAAUGGAAAAUGUGUCAUUUGGAUAGUUGAGGAUUUCUGAUGGUGAAUAUGUUCUGUGCUUUUAUGACUUACGGACGGCUUCCGUCUGGUCCACGUGCACUGUAUACGACACGUCGAUAUCGAGGUACACGAUGUGUGAAACUUUUUUUCAUUUUUGGUUAAUUGGAAGAUUCAAUCGGAUAAAUGGAGUUCCUCUGAAUUGCCCUUUCCCACUGAAUGGAUUUGCUGGUCUGUGUACGGUCUCAAGCAGUUGCAAUUUUAUUCCCCUUGUACCUCUCGAAAAGCAACGAAUAUCCUCUUCAGUGGACUAACAAACCCACAGUCCAGGAGAUCAGCACAAGUUGAUAUUCCAGUUGAGACCAUAAACUCGUGAGGGGCGCAGAAAAAUGAAUUUCCAACGAGAGCAGAGGGAAAAAAAAGUCUAGUCUUGAAGUACUCGACACAAUGCCAGUGAUUUCAACAAUUGAACAACGAGACUUCAACGGUUUCUAGUGCUUAAAAUGCGGGUUGAUCAAGAAUUAACAUUGACUAAUAAAUAACAUUAAUUAGUGAUGAAUAAAGUCGGGAAAAUGUGGAAGUGGACGUGGCGGAAGUGCAUUGUGGUGUUUUUAGUUAUCGCUUGGAUGCGUGCGCAUGCAGGUGGCGCUGCCAUAUCAGUGAGUCCCCGGGAAUCCCCGACUCGAAUUUCAACGAGCAACAAUACCCUGAAGACCGCGAAACAUGGGAUUGUUAAACUGGCUGUGAUUGCACCUGCUGAUCCUCACCAUGAAUUGAGUCUUCCUCGUAUUUUACCAGCAAUAACACUGGCUGUCAGAAGUGUCCGAUCCGCUGAGGGCCCAUUACCAGGUUGGACAAUUCAUGUCAGUCAUCGUGACUCCAAGUGUUCCAGCACUCAUGGAUCAUUAGCUGCCUUCGACUUCUACAUCAAUCGAACAGCAGACGCCUUUUUGGGUCCUGUCUGUGACUACGUGAUAGCCCCAGUAGCGAGAUACGCCGGUGUCUGGGGUAUACCAGUGUUGACAACUGGUGCCCAAGCGGAUCCAUUUCGUCACAAAGUCGAGCAUUAUCAAACACUGACGAGAAUGAUGGGCUCUCAUCGUCAAGUUGGUGAAGUACUCCGGCAAAUACUACAGGGCUUUGGGUGGACAACGGCUGCCCUGAUUUAUCACAAUCACGCUAUGGAAAGUAGCAAGGGAAAUUCAGGAUGUCAUUUUGCUCUCGGUGGUGUAUUCACUGCCCUCAAUAAAAGCUCCGUACACAAGAGUUUCAAUGAGGAGACCAACAGUGCCAAAGACUACAGGGAUCUCCUUACCUAUGUUUCCAAGUCAGCUCGGAUUGUCGUCAUGUGUGCCAAUUCCACAACGAUAAGGGAAAUCCUCUUGGCAGCUGAGGAACUGGGAAUGGUCGACUCCGGGGAAUACGUCUUCUUCUCGAUUGAAUUGUCAUCCAGCGAUAAUAACUCGAAGGAAAGGUGGAGAAUGGAGGGUGAUACUGAUGAACGAAAUGAAAAAGCGAGAAAGGCAUAUCAGUCGUUGUUAACUGUAACGGCACGUACACCAGAUAACGAAGAGUAUCAGAAUUUUUCACGUGAAGUUAAAUCACUGGCACAGAGCAAAUACAACUUCACAUUUGGCAGUAGUUUACUGUCAACAUUUGUUGCGGCAUUUUACGACGCUGUGUUUCUCUAUGCCCUUGCCCUGAAGGAGAGUUUGCCGGAGAAACCCGGUGAGGUUAACCUCGACGGUGGAAACUUGACGAGAAGAAUGUGGGGAAAAAGCUUCAGAGGUAUUACUGGGGAUGUAACGAUAGACGAGAAUGGGGAUAGACUGGCUGACUAUUCACUUUUAGACAUGAAUCCUGAAACCUCGAAAUUCGAGAUCGUUGCGAAUUAUUAUGGAGCUAAUAAAACCCUUGAGUAUGUACCUGGUAAACGGAUACACUGGUCGGGGGGUAGAUUGGAGCCACCACCCGACACACCUAAAUGCGGAUACGAUGGAUCUUUGUGUCCGGACAAUACAUUACCGGGAUACGCUAUUCUCUCCAUUGUUCUCAGCUCGAUUGUCGUUGGACUCGUUGUUGUAUCCGUCAUCAUUUACAGGCAUUACAAGUUAGAGGCGGAAAUCGCAUCCAUGACGUGGAAAGUGCAUUGGGAGGACGUGAUAGUUAUGGCACCGAGAAAGACAAGAGGAUCCAUGUAUUCCCUAACUGGCAACAAACAGCGCGGUAGCCAGUUGACUAUUUACUCCGAUGACAAUAUCAGUCUCGCUGGAGGUGUCGACAGGAAUGUCUAUAUUCCGACUGCAAUCUACAAGAAUUCUAAGGUUGCCAUUAAACCAAUUCCUAGGAAUAAAGUGGAAAUAUCGAGGCCAUUAUUGCUGGAGUUGAAAAGGAUGAAGGACCUCCAGCACGAUCAUUUAGUACGGUUUUACGGUGCUUGUGUUGAACCACCACACUGCUGUCUAUUAACUGAGUACUGCCCUAAAGGUUCACUCCAGGACAUUCUGGAGAACGACCAGAUAAAAUUGGACCGAGUUUUCCGAGGUUCUUUGAUUCACGACAUAGUUAGAGGAAUGGCAUAUCUCCACGCCUCUGAACUCAAGAGCCAUGGCUCUUUGAAAUCCUCAAACUGUGUCGUCGAUUCAAGAUUUGUCCUCAAAAUUACGGACUUUGGUCUUCAUGCACUUCGAAAGCCCUGCCCCAAUGAUUCAGAGGACGACAAGGAUAGCUAUGCACACUGGAGAAAGCAACUGUGGACAUCGCCGGAGUUAUUGAGGAUGGAGAGACCACCGCCUGAGGGUACUCAGAAAGGAGACGUCUACAGUUUUGCCAUAAUCGUUCACGAGAUCGUGGUACGCCAAGGGCCAUUCUACCUGGGUGAAGACAGAAACUACUCUCCAAGGGAAAUAGUUGAGGGUGUGAGAAGGGGUGGAGGCUCCCCUCUCAGGCCAUUGAUCGAUGAAGCUGCCGUCGAAGAAGAAGUGGCGACACUUAUGAGACGUUGUUGGGCGCAGGACUCGGCAGAUCGACCAGACUUUCCAGCUCUGAAGCAAACCAUACGGAAAAUCAACAAAGACUAUGAGAGCAGCAAUAUUCUGGACAAUCUCCUCUCACGUAUGGAGCAAUAUGCCAACAACUUGGAAACGCUGGUGGCUGAACGUACCGCUGAUUAUCUAGAGGAAAAACGCAAAUGCGAGGAGUUACUCUAUCAACUGUUGCCUAAAUCUGUAGCUUCACAACUGAUUCUGGGUCAAAGUGUAAUCGCUGAAACGUACGACCAUGUGACAAUUUACUUCAGUGAUAUAGUUGGAUUCACAAGUCUAUCAGCUGAGAGUACACCAUUGCAGGUUGUCGACCUCCUCAACGAUCUCUACACGUGUUUCGACUCGAUCAUCGAGAAUUUCGACGUGUACAAGGUGGAGACGAUAGGCGAUGCUUACAUGGUUGUCUCAGGACUGCCGGUCAGAAAUGGAAUGAAUCAUGCCCGGGAGAUAGCGAGAAUGAGUCUGGCCCUACGUGAUACUGUAAUGACGUUUAGUAUACGUCACAGGCCUAAUGAGCAGCUCAAACUUCGCAUUGGAAUGCACACCGGACCAUGUGUUGCAGGGGUGGUGGGUCUGAAGAUGCCGAGGUACUGUCUCUUCGGCGAUACAGUGAAUACAGCAUCAAGGAUGGAGAGCAAUGGAGAACCAUUGAAGAUUCAUGUCAGUCCCGCCACGAAGGAAGUUCUGGAUACCUUCGGUACAUUUGAGCUUCACUGUCGAGGAGAAGUCACUCUAAAGGGAAAGGGCAAGAUGACGACCUACUGGCUGGUCGGUGAGAAACCAAUCAAUAACAACGUACAACAGAACACAGUUAGCACAAUGACAGAUCCAUCAGUUGCUCCAGCGACUCAACAGAUCCAAGGUCAGCCCCAAAAUCUCCAGAAUCCAUCAAAUCAGAAUUGCACCCGUAACGUGCUGAAUAUAACUGGUAAUGGUGCACCGGGUAAUCAUACACUGACUUUAUCGCCAUCCCAUCAGCGUAAUGCAAAUAAUUCAACGGUGCAUCAGAGCCUGCCAAGUGAAAAUGUGCCGAAUCAUGCAGAAAGUGGACCUAAUGCACCACUACUCCUGCCAGCAGGAUCAAUUCCAUGAGCUUGACUCAGCGUAGAAUGCUUCAAAUCACUUUAACGGUAGAUCUGAACUGUCACGUUGACGUGAUGUUCAACGACUCACUGACAAUUAAAGUAAGCCUAAGGGAAAAUAAUGUUUUGUUGUGGAAAUUAGGCACUCAUGGCUCAGAGGAAAUAGUGAAAUUUAUCGAUGAUAUCGAAUUUGAAGAAUGAUGAUAGGUAAGAUACCUAUGGAGAUUUUCCUACUCGCAGUCGAUUUUUAGUUACUUUUUUGCGUAUCCACUGAAUCAACUACGAGACACGAGUUAACUUAGAGUAACUGAUUGCAAAGGUGCUGGACCAUUCCAAAUAUCGUUAAACCAAGUGAGAGAAUCCAUUGAACUAGGGGAUUCAUCCAAAGCCUCCAUAAUUCUCAGUAGUUAAAAUUCUCAUUUACUUUAGAGAUUAAUGAAAUCCAAAGUAAUAAUUUAAGUGGUAAAUCACGUGAUCUCUUUACAAGGUAAACCAGGAACCAAGAUUUAAUUAAAGAGCAUUGCAAUUAAAAUACUAAACUUAAGGUGUGAGAUAAAGGGGGAUAAAUGUCACAAAGGUGCUAAAGUUCAUGAUAAAGAAUAUAUUGUGGAUAGAGUUUGCCGGAAGCGGCUUGAGUUUCAGAUUUAUCGAUUGUACAAUUCAUAUAGAUGAAAGUUGAUGCGUUCGCGCAUCUAUCGAAAAUUCUAUCGAAUGACGGGGAGAAAACACAACUCAAACAUCGAUUUUACGAUUGAGGAACAAAGCAUACCAAAAUACAUUGUUAGGCUUAUCGUACUUUAAGGCAUUUUGCGGACUCUGAAAAGGGAGUAAAAUUUUGUUUUGAAAAUUCAAAUUCUACUUCUGUUUAAUGUAGAUGAAAAUCGUUAUUAGUUGAAUGUCAUACGAGUGAAUUAAAAUCAGAGAUAUGAAUAUAUAUGUAUAU